AUGACAGUUGGUGGUUUUCUUGACUGUGAUUCACAUUCUAUGUUGUCGUCACUUUCUGACCCAGACGAUGUAAAUAAAGUCAGGCCAGCUGAUAUUAAGUCAGUUGGCGCAUUGGGUGAUUCCAUAAUGGUUCGGCUGAAGACCGACGCAUCCACAUGUUUCGUCGAAUUGGCUGAUGCUAGGUGUUAUGAGUACAACGUCAUUAGCAAAGCGUAA